AUGUCAGAUGACGGCGUUGUAUUAACAUUUAUUCCAAACACUGAAAAUUCACACAGUGACGGCGAGGAAGAAAUUAAUAAAGAGACCACAAGCUCGAUCACGGAGGAACAAAAUUCUAUUAGAGGAGAGGAAAGCUCGAUUACAGAAGAGCAGAGCUCUAUUAAAGAAGAGGAAACUUCUUCUGUAAUAGAAGAGAUUAGCAGCUUAGUUGAAAAAACAACUUUAACCUCGAAUGAGGAAAAUGCAACAAGUCAGAUCAAGUCAGAUAUUUUAAAUUCUUCUUCCGAGAUAAAAAGGACAGCGCACUUGGAAGACAAGCAAAAAGCCGAAAACGAUUCAACGGCUAAAGAAAUUAGUCAUGAGAGUAGUUCACCUGAAGAAUUAGCCGAAAGCCUAACCGACGAAGAAAGUGAUAAACCGGAUGAUCCAGAUUUAUUGGAUGAUGAUAAUAAUAAUAAACCAAAGGUAUUGACAGGCUGGCAAAAGAAAUUGCUAGCAAGGCAAGAAUAUCGUAAAAAACUUGCAGAAGAUCCAGCAUUCGUACCUCAUCUUGGAGAAUUUUGGGGACAUGAUGAUCGGUUCAUAAGAGACGAAUUAAAAAAUGAUUUUGAGCACCGUCCGAGAAAUUUACCUUUUGCACCCAAAGGUAGAGUAGUUUGGGGAGUUAAUGAGCCCAGAGGUCGAUGGGAUCAUGAUGGUUUUGAAGAGUUAAUGAAAAUGGAAGAAGAAGAACGGCAUAGGAAAGAGUUUCAACGCAGAUUUCAACAACGUCGUGGUUUUAGACCUCGGCCAAAGAUAUAUCGCCACCGACCGGUUAUACGUAACAAUAUCCCAUCAUUUAAAAUUAAUCAAAAUCGGAUGUCAAAUUUAUCUUCUGGAAGAAGGCCUUUGCCAUCGAGAGUCGUGCCAACCAAUAAUAAAGUAAAACCCCUGAAUAAUAUUAAUACACCAACUCAAAAACCUUUUGUCAAGGAGGACCGAUCGGACUUUAAGCAGAAAGGAGUAGAAACUACAGUAGAAUCAACAUCACAAUCAUCACAAUAUAAUUCUCAGAUGAACAAUAGUACAGAAUCCAACGGUACAACAGUGAAAUCUGAAGGUCGGUCUGAGAAUGGACAGUCGCCUUCAAGUAAAGAAUCUCCGACAUCACCAUUAACGGAUGAUCAAGAAAAGGAACGCUCGCAACCUACUCAAUCAUCUAAACGAUACUCGACAAGAAGAGUUGCUACUACACCGACUACACAAACAACUGAACAAGAGGUAGUAGGAAGCGGAAUUGGCCCUUCUCGAGCCACUAGUGAAAUUCCGGCAUCAGCGAUCUACGCAGCUCCAUUCAAACCCGGAUCGAUGACCCUUUCGGACGAUAAAGACGUUGGGACCGAGGAAGAUAAUCUUCCACCUCAACAACCAAUGGAUACACCAGUUAGAUAUUAUACUCCAAAUAGGGUUCCGGUGAUGCCACCAAGAAAUAAUAAUUUAAUGGAAAAUAAUUCUGGAAUAGCUGUGGCCCCACCAGCAACACAAUUUGAGAGUAAUGGAAUGGUUUAUUAUUAUGAUCCAAAUAUGUACCAUCAACCUUAUUAUUAUUAUCCGCCGGUUGAAACCAAGGAUGGUAACGAUAAAGCAUCAUAUAUACCACAUCCACCAGUAGCAAAUGCGGUACUAGAUAAUGGCGUUUAUUAUUAUUAUCCUGUUUAUUAUCAGUAA